AUCGACCUCAAGAUCAACGUGACAAAUUAAAGUACUUUUAGGAUCCACGAUUUAAAUAUGCUGACCGGAAAUUGGCUAAAGUCCCUGACGAAACUGCCGCUCAGCUUCCAUCCUGCGGAGUCAAGACGAACGGACCCGCGCAUGCCGGCCUCGGCUAAAGAGAAGAACUUCCCCUGUCCCAACUGCCCAACGGGAUUCUCCGAGAAGGGAUCGCUGACACGUCACCUGAGAUACGAAUGCGGCCAGGAGCCUCGCUUCGCCUGUCCCUACUGUACCUACAGGACCAAAUGGACCUCCAGCAUCUACAAUCAUGUGCGCAACAAACACGAGGGUCAGCGAGUCUACUGCGUAGACAUUUACGCGGAUGAGACGUGCAUGGCCGGCAGACGGAGUACUAUGCUCACGCCCACCAAAAAUGUGCCCAAUUCGAAUUAGUGGAAGGAGACUUGCGAUCAAGCCUCUUUGCUCUUAGUGCUCGAGUGCUGAGACGGGCGGAGUGGGGCACAACGCCUCGACGGACGUUUAGCGUUAAAUGUGUGAAAUAGGUCACACGUUUCAAUCGUCGUAUUUUAAAAUUAUUAAAUGUCGAUGAUAUUUCGCUGCUGGAUAAG